AUGAAUGAUGUUUAUGAAUUAUUACCACAAGAUAAAGGUCGUAAAGGUGGUUUAGCUCGUGUUGCUUAUAUGCGACAAUUAUUAAAAGAAGAAAAUCUAAAUACUUAUACAAUUCUUGCUGGUGAUCUUCUUUCUCCAUCAGCUUUAACAACAAUGAAUAGUCUUGGACUUGAUUUUAUAACAUUUGGAAAUCAUGAAUUUGAUUUAUCUGAAAAAGAUUUACUUAGUCGAAUGAAUGAAUCAACAUUUACUUGGAUUAGUACAAAUAUAUUUCGUCAAGAUAAUAAUCAAAUAUUUGGAUCAAGUAUUUCUCAUAAAAUAAUAACUAUUGAUACUAUUCGAAUUCUUUUCAUUGGUUUAACUCUUAAUGGAACUGGUAAUUAUGUUCGAAUUAUUAAUCAAUCAUCAUUAGUUAAUUAUGUUCAAACAUUUUUAAAAUUAUUUUCAAAUGGAACAUAUGAUGUACUUGUUGCUAUUACUCAUUUAGAUAUGAUAAUAGAUAUUGAACUUGCUUUAAAUAUUCCACAAAUUGAUCUUAUUAUUGGUGGACAUGAGCAUGAAAAUUAUUAUUAUUUAAGAGGAACAAAAUAUAUACCAAUUUAUAAAGCAGAUUCUAAUGCUUUUUCUGUUUAUAUACAUCGUUGUGCAUAUAAUUUAGAUACAAAACGUCUUCGUAUUGAAGGAUUUCAAGCAUUAGGUUAUGAACCAAAAGCAAUUCUAUCAUGUCUUCCAAUUGGUAUUGAAUUAGAUGGUAGAUUUCAAUCUGUUCUAAGUUAUACAACACUUUUAACUGCUUCAAUAUGUGAAAGUAUGUUACAAUUAACAGUAGCAAAUAAAACAACUAUUGCAAUUAUUAAUGGAGGAACAGUACGUAUCGAUGAUAUUCUUCGUGAAACAAUUACACAAUAUGAUAUUUUACGUACAUUACCUUUUGAAAAUAUGAUUGUUGUUCUUUCUGUUCCUGGUCAAUUACUUGCUCAAGUUCUCACUACUGGUAUAUCUUUAAAAGGAAAAGGAAUGUUUAUUGCUUGUACUAGAGUAGAAACAUUAGAUGAUGGUAAAACAUGGUUAUUCAAUGGAACAGAUAUAUUAAAAAGUGGAUUUUAUUAUAAUGUGGUAACAACAACAUAUGUACGAGAUUAUACACAAUUAAACAAUUCAAAUGUAACUAUUUUAUAUAAUACUAAUGUAACACAAACAAGAAGUUUAAUGGACUAUUUAAAAUUCAAAUAUCCUCCUUGUUAG